CACCGCAGUACAUUUCUCUUUUGGUAAGCCCCACAGUUCGGUAUAAAGAAGGAUUUUCCUCGGAUAACAAUAUCCAUGGACACAAAUACGAUCCCUUUCAAUUCAUGAUACGAUUUAUAGUUAUUUCUUGAUAAGUUUUAAAUAAUCCCAACAAACUCCGAAGUAAAGUGAAGUAUAAAUAGAUUGUCAGGGUUAGACUCAAAACCAAAUCGAUUUUAUUUGUUUCGGGAGAUUUUAUAGACAAGACAAGGAUAAUGGCACAGAUAGAUAUUGAUGAUGUUCCAACCUUAGUUAAUUCAACUAGUGAAUUAACCAAAGGUUUAGAUGGUGGUGACGACGACGAUGUGGUGGUUGUGGAUGAAUAUGACUUAACCUUAAAGCUGAAUCCAACUUAUCAACAAUAUAUCCACAAAUAUGAUCAAUUUAAUCUUAAGAAUCAUUUAAAUUUACAUUUAAUCAAAGAGAAUAUUUGGCCUAAUUUAACAGGAUACACUUUAAAAGGUCAAGAUAAGAUCAAUUAUCGAUCUGAUUCAUUAUAUUUCAUCGAUGAGAAAUAUUGGAAUUAUCAAGAUAUAAACCCAGAUCAAGGUGAUUCAAUCACAAAUAAUUUUUCGAUAACAUUUUUCCAUUUAGGAUCAAAAUUAUCAGGUCAUGAAGGGAUAAUCCACGGAGGGUUAUUAGCUACUUUAUUGGAUGAAUUAACAUGUAGACUAGCCUUUCAAAAUUUUGAAAGUAAAAAGGGUGUCACUGCUAAUUUAAAUAUAAAUUAUAAAAAGCCAACUUAUGUUGAUCAAUUUGUGAUUAUUAAAUGUUCAUUGAUUAAGAAGAUUGGUAGAAAAUGUUGGAUCAAAGGUCAAGUUUACAAGUUUCCUGAACAUGAUUCUGAUGUUGAUAAUGAAUCAGCGGAUAAUUUACUUACUGAAUGUGAAGUAUUAGUUAUUGAACCAAAAUGGGUCCAUGAAUUACAAAACAAACAAAACCAUUAAUAGAAUAUCAUCAUGUAUCUAUAACUAUUUUACUUAUCUAUUAUAUUGUCUAUAAACCUAUAUACACUUAUUUAUUUUAUUUAUUUAUUUAUUUAUAAUAUAUCCGUACCUUUAAUUUUAUUUUGUCCAA